AUGUUCAAUGCUCUAAUUCGCACGCAUCACAUAACUUCGAGAAAGAAGGUGACCAAGCUCAAGCAAGCUGCCGAUGCCACAAAUGUCUUUGCUCUGUUGAGGAGCGGAAGCUCGCCUGGCCUCAUGUAUGUUGAAGGAGAAGAGAAUGGUGUCAGGCAAUGGGUUGAAUCUGUUCAUAAUCUCCGUUACAAGGACUAUCAGCUAGUCGCUCGUCCAGCGGCUGUCCAGCAUGAGAAUCAGCCCACCAAGGAAUCACAAGUAAGACCUGGUCUGUAUGAGACGGAUACGGUGAGCGAUUUUGGUAAACAGCUGCAAGACCGUGGUGUAUAUGCUUGGUGGCGCAAAGCUAUGGGAUAUGCAAAGGAGUAG